AUCUAAUUGUGGUAGUAGCCUCAAUUAUUGUUCUGAGCAUAGGCUCUAAUGGACAGGUGUUUGCCACCUCUGCGAUAAGGGGGAUCCGGUUUCUCCAGAUACUUCGCAUGCUUCAUGUAGAUCGACAGGGUGGCACCUGGCGACUAUUAGGAUCAGUUGUUUUCAUACACCGUCAGGAACUCAUAACCACAUUGUACAUUGGAUUCUUGGGAUUGAUUUUUUCAUCCUAUUUUGUUUAUCUUGCUGAGAAGGAUGCAGUUGAUGAGGAUGGAAAGACAGGUUUCUCCAGCUAUGCUGAUGCCCUUUGGUGGGGUGUGGUAACUGUCACAACAAUUGGUUAUGGAGACAAAGUUCCCCAGACGUGGAUUGGGAAGACAGUAGCUUCCUGUUUCUCAGUUUUUGCUAUAUCUUUCUUUGCUCUACCAGCAGGAAUUCUGGGGUCUGGUUUUGCCCUGAAAGUACAGCAGAAGCAACGUCAGAAACACUUCAACAGACAAAUCCCAGCUGCAGCAUCUCUAAUUCAGACUCUGUGGCGGUGUUAUGCAGCAGAGAAAUCCUGCAGUUCUACAGCAACAUGGAAGAUCUACGUCACAUCACCGGUGCCAAAUCCCAAAAAGCCACUAGCGCCAUCUAGCCCUAGCCUGAGAAAACAGGCUAGAAGAUACAAAAGAAAAGGGAAGCUAGGAUGUGGUAGCAGUUCUGCACCUGUAAUAAACCCAGGAGAGAAUGCCUUGUCUAUUCCACAGAUCACAUAUGAUCACACUGAUGAGCAACAAGACAAAAAAGAUGUGUCUUUCUACAUUGAUGAACCAGGAGUGAAAAGACGUUUAGAAGGGAAUAAUCAAGAAAUGUCAUGGACCAACAGCUUCACUGAUGAUAUUGACCUUGUAUCAGAGGAGUCGCCACUGUCAGCUGUAUCCGAUGUGGCACAGUAA